AUGAAGAAAAUUUACAAGCGAAUUAUUUUAUUGAAAAAUAUGGAACAGAACAGAAAUUAUUAUUACGAUAUUGGUAAAAGGUUCUUAUGCAUGAUCGGUCAGUGGCCUUAUCAGAAGCUAAAGAUGAGAUUGUCCUUUUUGACUUUGGUAGUCAUAGUAUUGGUUAAUUGUCUUUUUACACAGAUAGCACAAAUUUUUGUAUGCGAAGAUACGCAGUGUAUUUUUCAAACUUUACCUCCCCAUUUGUUAGUGUGGAAUUCUCUAGUGAAAGUGCUCGCAUAUCGAUUUAACAGCCAGAAAAUUAAAGAUCUCACUGAUCACUUAUUCGUAGACUGGGAUAUUCUUGAGACUCAGGAAGAACGUGAGAUUCUGAAAAAAUAUGCCGAGAAUGGCCGAUGGUAUUCGUUGAUAUAUGCAUCCUACUGUUAUGUAUCUACCAUUUCAUUUAUAAUGACAUCUCUCUUGCCACGCAUCAUGGAUAUUGUAUUUCCUUUAAAUACUUCACGUCCAAUAAAGUUAGCAUAUCCAGCGUACUAUUUCGUUAACGAAGAGCAAUAUUUCUAUUUUAUUUUCUGCCACAUGUUAAUUACUGCUCUGAUAUGUAUGACCGGAUUAAUUGCGCACGAUUGCAUGUUUUUUAUUUACAUUGAACAUGUUUGCGGCCUUUUUGAAGUGGUCGGAUUUAAAUUUAAAAAUACAUUAGAUAAACGUGAUAUCGCGAGAAGUAAUCUGAUUCAUUGUCCGGAUAAUUCAUAUCAUAAAAAUAUUGCAUUUUCAGUUCAUGCUCAUCGAGAAGCUCUGCAAUUUGCAAAACUCAUUGAAAAUGCCUUUUCCGUACCAUUCGCCAUUCAACUUAUGAUAUCUACAAUGUCUAUUAGUGUUAGUUUACUUCAAUUCUCGAUGCAGUUGAAUGAUUUAAUGGAAGCGAUAAGAUACUUCGUCUACAUACUUGCUCAAUUAUUCCACUUAUUCUGCUUCAGCUUUCAAGGAAAAAAACUGAUAGAUCAUAGUAUCGAAAUUUGUGACAAGAUAUAUAAUAACGCGUGGUACGAGAUACCCGUGAAGGAGCAAAAAUUGCUUUUGUUUACUAUGAGAAAAAGCACCGAAGCCAGUACUUUGACUGCCUGCAAGAUAUAUGUAUAUUCUUUGCAAAAUUUCACAAUGGUCCUGCAAUCAGCGAUGUCUUACUUUACGGUGCUAGCAUCCUUCAGUGAAUGACUUGACGAUUAUUGAAUAUAUCAUAUGUAGUGAAAUAAUGAAAAAUCCUGCAGGAAUAUAGUAUUCUAAAUUGUAUUAAAACUAUCAAUAUAUUUAUAUUUUAUAUUGUUUAAAAU